AUGAAUGAGCUCUCCUACUACGAGCAAAAAACGAAGAACAUUCACAACAGAAUCGGCAUAUCCAAGCCCGCCCGCCUGCUACUGAAGGCUAUCGAUGACUUGCAAGCUGGCGCCCUGGAAGAGUCUGAACUCCGUCGAAUGAUUCGAAUAUCGCCGGGGUACCGCAACAUAAUCUCCCAGACGAUAUCAGACAUUGCCGAUUUCAUCAUCAACCACCCGGAAGAAUCGAAGACGGGUGCGAUCCUGAUCCAGCUUCUGACCAAAAUUCUCCAAGUUGCCGAUGAAAUCUCCGAGCCGAUGCUACCUUUCAUGAAGUUCCCGCGCGAAGUGCGCGACCUCAUAUACUUUUACUACCUCCAUUGUCGCUAUGGACAGCACAAAAUCAUGUACCCGGGGACCAAGAAGCACACAUGCCCCUGCAGUCAUGCGAAUCAACCGCGGAGCCUGAGGGAUAUGCAAGUCAAAUUCACUCAUCCGGAUUUGAGGAACCACAUGCGAAUGCUGACCAACUUUGUCCUCUCGUUUCUCAGGUGGCUAAACAAACAAAUGGCACUAUCUGAAGUCAGCAAGGCGAUCCGGGAAGACUUCAUGGCUGUCUUUUACCGAGAGCACAAGUUUUACUUUAACUGUACCUGCGAGAUGGACUACUUUAUCAAGAACAACAAGGCCUUGCAGCGAAACCUAGUCUCUAUCAAGAUCCACUGGUGUGGCCCCCGAGCAGACAAGGCUUUCCAGGCACUCAAGACAUGUCCUAACCUUAGGCAAUUGGUGGUGGUGCCUUCCGCAGCUACGACACGCUAUCUUGUGCCGAGGCAGCAAGUAUUCAAUCGCUUUUUUGCACAUACUUCACGCCCGCGACUUACUGAUGCUCUGGGAAAGGAUGAGCUUAUCACCCUGCGUGGAAUCAGCACUGUCAGCGUUCAGCAUGUACCAGGGCGUCAGGGGCAGAAGCGGACGAAUGAAGAAUUGGCAAACUUGAACGAGAUUCUCCAGAAAUAUGUCAAACAAGACAAGGAGAUUGGAUAUGGCGAGGAGUAG